AUGGGUCGGAAUAAGCGAGUGAAAAUAAGAAAUUCAAAGAAGUCGAAUUUUGAAAAAAAUCGAUCAAACGCUACUCUUUUUUCCGUCACAGAAUUGUCGAAAGAGGGAAAAAGAUCCCGUGUCGAGAAUGGAAAUCACAGGUGGCUAUUUGCGGAUGAAAUAACACAAAAUAACAAUCGUAUAAUGCAAUCAAUACCAGUAGUAGUACCAUUGGAUAUACAGAUUGAAAUAAUUCAAAGGCUUCCCAUAAAAUCACUAAUGAAAUUCAUGUCAGUUUCAAAACAAUGGAAAUCUAUCAUCCAAUCCUCCCAAUUCAUCGCUGAUUACAACGCCCACAUUCAGCCUCAUCGUCACUUGUUUACGUGUUAUUCUCUCCCUCAUUAUAUAGAUAUUUUCAAUUCUGAUAAUAAUAGCUUUCUCCAACGCCUUGUUCCUCCCUUGCCAAGCCGUCGUUACUAUUAUAUAGGUUACUCGCACGGCUUGUUUGGAUUUCACCAUGCUUUGGAUAACGUGUUGUAUCUUUGGAAUCCAUCACUUCGGAAAUCCGUCUUUAUAUCUGUCCCUAGUGAACUCAGUGCAGUUGAUCUUUUUGGUUUCAAGGAGUUUUGUUAUAAUGAUAAUAAUAAUAAUAAUAAUAAUGUGACCGAGCCUACCAUAUUCCGGAUUACUUAUGGACCCCGGCUGCAGGUAGUGAUAGAGAGGUUUAUUUAUUGGGUCGCUUCUAAUUACACUCCUGAGGGAAAGUUUUUGAAUCAUUUGAUUGUGUCAUGUGAUAUUACUAGUGAACAAUUUUCAGAAUUAUGCCUCCCACCUUGUUUAGCAACUUUGUCGCGUAUGUUGGAAUUGUUUGAGCUUAGGAGGUCUCUUGUUGUGGUUGAAAGAGAAAAUUUAUUCAAAAAACAAGAAAUUGGUGUGUGGAUGAUGAUGGAUCAGCCGGGUGGAGUUCAAAACUCGUUCACAAAGCUAUAUACAGUCAGAAUGCCGUAUAUACCAGGUAUCGAUAGACCAAGGGUACUUGGUUUUAGGAAAGAUGGCCAACUUGUGCUUGAAGAGAAAGAUGGCCAACUUGUGCUUGAAGAGAAUGACUCACGUGGCGGUAAAACGCUUCUUUCUUAUGAACCUGACUUGGAACGUUUCAAUGAGUUAAAGAAUACUACUGGAAACAGGUGUUAUACACGGCUUAUAGAUUCAUACACUGAAACGUUACUGUUGCUUGACCACCCAGAUUGUAUAAGUUGUUUAUGA